AUGCCUUCCAUUGUGGAAUCCUCAAGUGAAUACGAUCUCAUCAUUGUCGGUGCCGGCGUUUUGGGUUCGGCUGCUGCCAAGGCAUUUGGCUCCGAUGGCCGUCGAGUGCUUCUCUUGGAACGCGAUUUAUCAGAACCUGAUCGCAUCGUUGGCGAGCUCUUACAGCCAGGUGGUGUUAAUGCUUUGACAGCGUUAGGCAUGGAAGAUUGUCUUGAGGGUAUUGAUGGUAUUCCUUGCCAUGGCUAUGCGAUUUAUCGAGAGAAUGAAUGGGUUCACAUCCCUUAUCCUGUUAACGAUGCGACUGGUGAAAAUGCGGUGGGCAAGUCUUUCCAUCAUGGUCGAUUCAUUCAAAAGCUUCGAGCAGCAGCACGCGAUACCAAAAACGUUGAGGUCAAGGAAGCUACUGUGACAUCGUUGAUCAAGGAUGAGGAUGAUGAUCGAGUCAUUGGCGUUAUGGCUAAUCCAAAGGAUGGCAAGGAGGAAAAGUUUUAUGCACCUUUGACUUUGGUAGCGGAUGGCCUUUUCUCAAAGUUUCGAAAGGAGUUUACUGAAAAGACGCCGGAUGUACGAUCCUACUUUGCUGGCUUCGAGAUCAAGGGCUUGACAAUGCCAAUGCCAAACCAUGGACACGUGAUCCUUGUAGAUCCGUCACCUGUGCUUAUGUAUCAAAUCGGAUCCAACGAAACGCGUGUGCUUAUUGAUGUCCCUGGUAAACUUCCUUCCAUUGCCAAUGGCGAUUUGAAACGUUACUUUGAAGAAUCUAUUGCACCUCAACUUCCUGAAUCCAUCCGUCCAAAGUUUUUGGAAGCAUUGCAAACCGAACGAUUGAGAUCUAUGCCUAAUGGUUUUCUUCCUCCCUCGGUAAAUCAAAACAAUGGAUUGAUCAUUCUGGGUGAUGCGAUGAACAUGCGACAUCCAUUGACCGGUGGUGGUAUGACGGUUGCAUUACAAGAUGUUGUUCUUUUGAAGGAGCUCCUUUCUCCUGAAAGUAUACCCUCGUUCACCGAGACGGACGUGAUCAUUCAACAAAUGGGUGCAUUCCACUGGGCACGAAAGCGAUAUUGUACAGCAAUCAAUGUAUUGGCUAUGGCUUUGUAUCGACUCUUUUCCGCACAAGAUUCUGAUUUGGCGGUAUUGCAGCGAGGAUGUUUUGAGUAUUUCAAGUGUGGUGGCAAAUGUAUCUCAGAGCCAUGUGGACUGCUAUCCGGUUUGAUCCAACGACCCAUCGUCCUCAUUUAUCACUUUUUCGCUGUUGCAGUCUAUGCAUUGGUGGUCGAGUUCAAACGUGCCGGCUGGUCCCAAGCCCAUAUCAGCUUCAUCAAGAUCUUUACAGUCCUUUACGCUGCUUGUGUGACAAUCUUCCCAUACCUUUGGUCAGAAACCAAAAACUGA